UACAAGAUAGCUAGCGUCAUGACGCCAUAGGAACGUAGAGUGACGUUCCACACAUCAGCGGUCUCAGUGGAUGUUUAUUGUUUGAGGCAGGGCUGCAGUCAACGGAAGGUAGGAUGUUGAGGCUUCGCUGUAAGACCAAAAAUGGGAGCCACAUAAUGCAGGGCCUGACUCAUCAGUCCUGUGUCCAAGAGCUGAAGAGUAAGGUGGAGGAGCUGACUGGUAUCCCCUGUGAUGUGCAGAAAAUUAUGGUUGGUUACCCGCCCUCCAGCCUUGAUCUUCGAAAUGGUGACGCUCAUCUCAAGGAUUACCCCAUUAAGUCUGGAGACACACUCAUUGUUGAGGAAGAAAAAAACAAGCCAAAGCCUCAGGAUCAUCCCACUGUGACUAAAGCACCACGCCUGGAAGCCUCCCCCAUGCUGGCACGUCGAGUGGUCCCAGCUGACAACUCCUGCCUCUUCACCAGUGUGUAUUAUGUGGUGGAAGGAGGGGUAUAUGACCCUGCUUGUGCUCCUGAGAUGCGAGGCCUCAUCGCCCAGAUUGUGUCGAGUGACCCUGCAGCAUACUGCGAAGCAGUGCUGGGAAAGACCAAUGAGGAGUACUGCUCCUGGAUAAGACGUGACGACACCUGGGGAGGAGCCAUUGAGGUGUCCAUCCUGUCCAAGUUCUACCAGUGUGAAAUCUGUGUGGUGGACACUCAGACAGUCCGAGUGGAUCGAUUUGGAGAGGAUGCUGGCUACCACAAACGCGUGCUGCUCAUCUAUGACGGCAUCCACUAUGACCCGCUGCAGAAAGAAACCCCCGGCUCUGACACCCCGCCCCAGACUAUCUUCUCCACCACAGACGACGUAAUCCUGGCCCAGGCCCUAGAGCUGGCAGACGAGGCUCGCCGCAAGCGCCAGUUCACGGACGUAAACCGCUUUGCAUUGCGCUGCAUGGUGUGCCAGACGGGCUUGGUGGGACAAAAGGAAGCUCGUGAGCAUGCCAAGGAGACAGGCCACACCAAUUUUGGGGAAGUGUGAACAUUGUUCUAUCUUUGUCCCCCCCAAAUACACCCACCACCAAACCUGUGCCCCAUGUCUGGCAACUCUGUUGGUCUGUCUGUCUGUCUGCUUGUGUGAUCCUCUACCUCACAUCGUCCAGCGACAUCUAUGGAGAAUCUGCAGACACUGUAUUCAGCCUCUAACCUGCUUCAGUAUUACUUUUUAAACUGCUGUCAGUUCUCAAAGUCAGAAACGCUACUGCAGUGCUCCGAUGUCAUUAAACCGUCAUGUUAGUCUGUUAGCAAUGGUUUCAAAUCUGUUCAACCGGGUCCAGGAAAAUAUGCAAAUAAUUCUUAGGAUUUGUUUUAAUCUGUUAUGAUUACUCUACCAAUAGCGGCUGGUAUGUUGUCAAUUAGAAAAAGCACCAACUUGCCAAUACUUACCUUUGACCGACUGAACUUAUUUAUGUGAUAAAACCUCCACUAUCUUGCUCUAAGCAGAGUUUAAAACAACCACUAAGAACUAUUUGUACUAUGAUGUGGUCCUACUCACUGUUGUCUUAAGCGCAGCACACCAAGUUUGACUGUUAUUCAUCCUGUUGGUUAUGUAGCAUGGUUUUUCUGUUUGUUUGUUUAAUUUCUGUUGUGGACAGAGGUUUGUCAGAAACUCUUCCAAUACUUACAACUGAUAAUUUAACUUUUGAUGUCCAAAUUGCUCAGCACAGGUGGGCUGUGUUAAUGCUAAGCUGGAAUCAUCUCCAUACAAAUGUGCUGUUUGCGACAUCACCUUGAAUUUUUCUGAGCAGUGGCCAGUGAGAUUGCGGUUUGAGACUGAGGUUAUGCAUUUUGAAAUACAAUAUCAUGUUGCAAAUUGUGAUUAUAAAAUUAGCCUAAUUAGUUAAUGUGGGACUUUUUACCCUUUUUUUGAUGUUGCAACAUCGUUUAUCAGUGAGCUUGUUUUAAAUGAAACAAAAAUAUAUAUAUAUAAAAAAUAAUGGUGCUGAAAACAAACUAUUUUACAAAUUCUGUAGCGCUUUGUUUUUCUCCAUCGGUACGACAGGUUUUCAGGAGUGUAAUUUUUAAUUCUACAGUGUAAUUUUCAGAUGUCAUGCUGUAAAAACUAAUCUCUUUGAAACAGGUUUUUUUUGUUUGUUUGUUUUAUAUUGCUGCAUUUUGAAAACCACUUCAGUGGUCAUGGGAGGUGUUUGAGCAUUGCAUUUCAGAACACAAAUCAUGGCGAGAUGGGAAUGUACUGACGCUGUGUGAGAGAAAUCCUGCUCAGUGCUGUUCAGGUACGGCUUUGCUAAUCAACAUUAACUAGACACUAACCUUUUACCUUUUCAAUUGUCAUUUUUCAUCUCACAUUUGCAGCCCAAGAGUAACACAAGUCGGGGUGUUUGAGAUCUGUGAGUAAAGCUUAUUAAUCGGUUUAAUUUGUGGUGCUUGUCCAGAAAAAUUGCCACUCUGUUCCACUGUCUGUUCCACUGUAUGUUUUUGCACAACUGGAGGAUGUUCUCACAUUUUCAGCUAAAGUCAGGCAUCAUCUCUUUGCUUAUUCCUUUAAUACUCACUGCCUAUAAGGACGAAGCAUGCACUUAUUUAUGUUCAACAUCUGGUCAAAAAUGUGUAAAUGGAGAAAGUUAUUAAAGAUAUUUGUGGGAUUAGUUUUUUUCCAUGAAGCUCAGUUUAUUAUGCAGAAUCAAUAUUUCUGUUCCACAUUUGUGGUGGCAAUAUUGGUUCUGAGGUGUUGCCAAAAAUAAGUUUGACAAUGGAGGACUUGAUUGGGAUUUUCUUUCAGAUUUUCUUUUGGUUCAGACUCUGAGAUGAUGUUGCAGGAAUAAAUGAAAGGCAAAGCAAAAAUGUCAAAUUGCUCCUUUGUUUGAAUGUGAAUUAUUAUUAUUUUUUCCUUCAUCUGUUACCUUAGGUAGUUUAUUUUUAUUUUAACAGUAAUAAUGGAUUAAUCAGCUUGCAUUACAAGUGAAACUAUGAAAUGGCUUUGUUUUUUUGUAUUAACCGAGUUCUCAUGACUCUUCAAGGACAAUAACAAUGAAUGUCGCACACAAAGCACUACAGAACAACUGGAUUUACUUGAUUUUUUUCAGUGUUGUGUCACAAUUAAAAGUUAUAGCCGAU